GCUUGGUAGGGGCGGGGCUGGGUUAGUGCGCGCGCGCGGCGCGGUCGCUGCCGGGUGGGGGCGGGGCGGAGCGCCGGGAGCGAUGCAGAAAUACGAGAAAUUGGAGAAGAUCGGGGAAGGCACCUACGGGACGGUGUUCAAGGCCAAGAACCGGGAGACGCACGAGAUCGUGGCGCUGAAGCGGGUGCGUCUGGACGAUGACGACGAGGGCGUCCCCAGCUCGGCGCUGCGGGAGAUCUGUCUGCUGAAGGAGCUGAAGCACAAGAACAUCGUCAGGCUCCACGACGUCCUGCACAGCGACAAGAAGCUCACCCUCGUCUUCGAGUUCUGCGACCAGGACCUGAAGAAGUACUUCGAUAGCUGCAAUGGCGACCUGGACCCCGAGAUCGUGAAGUCGUUCAUGUACCAACUGCUGAAGGGCCUGGCCUUCUGCCACAGCCGCAACGUCCUGCACCGCGACCUCAAGCCCCAGAACCUGCUCAUCAACAGGAACGGGGAGCUCAAACUCGCCGACUUCGGGCUGGCGCGCGCCUUCGGCAUUCCGGUGCGCUGCUACUCGGCGGAGGUGGUGACGCUCUGGUACCGACCCCCCGACGUGCUGUUCGGCGCCAAACUCUACUCCACCUCCAUCGACAUGUGGUCGGCAGGGUGCAUCUUCGCAGAGCUGGCCAACGCCGGGCGGCCGCUGUUCCCGGGGAACGACGUGGACGAUCAGCUCAAGCGCAUCUUCCGGCUGCUGGGGACGCCGACCGAGGAGCAGUGGCCGGCGAUGGCCAAGCUGCCCGACUACAAGCCGUACCCCAUGUACCCCGCCACGGCGUCGCUGGUGAAUGUGGUGCCGAAGCUCAGUGCCACGGGCCGGGACCUGCUGCAGAACCUGCUCAAGUGCAACCCCGUGCAGCGGAUCUCGGCCGAGGAGGCGCUGCAACACCCCUACUUCACCGACUUCUGCCCCCCCUAGGGACCCCCCCAAACCUCAAGGACCCCCCGAACCCCACCCUAGGGAUCGCAAACACCCCCAGGGACCCCCCCAAACCUUCAGGACCCCCUAACCCUCCCCAGGGAUG